AUGAAUGAUGAUCAUGCUAAUGUUCCUUUACUUCAAGAACCAAAUAUAACAGCAUUUGAUGCUACAGAUACAACGAGGACUACACCAGAUAAACCACCGCGUUAUGUUGGUGGAUUUUCCACUGUCAUGAAUAUGUUAAACACCUUAAUGGGUGCAGGAGUACUCGGAAUUGCAGAUUCAUUCAGAUUUACUGGUUUUGUACCAUCGUUUGCCAUGAUGCUUAUUAUUGCAAUCCUGUCCUACGUUGCAACACAAAUGGUCGUAACAUUACAACUGAGAAAACACACAAAAUCAUUCGAACAAUUAACAGAAAUGACAUUAGGCAAAAUCGGAAGUACUAUUUAUUCAAUCGCCGCAACAUUCUUUUGCUUAUCGGCUUUAGUUGUAUUCUUAAUCAUCUCAGGAGGCACAGUACAAUCAUGGAUUAACUACUCAAAUUGGAAGAUAGAAGAUGGAUCAUGGCGCUACAGAUUCAUUUUACUUGGUUACGCACUAGUUUUACCAGUUGCGUUAACAGUUCCAAAGAAUAUGCACUUUUUAUCAUAUUUCAGCACAUUUUCCAUCGUCUGUCUCUUCACAUUUGUCUUUGUUGUCAUCAUCAAAGGCAUACAGAUGCUUCCAAAGCAAGGUAUUCAUGAAACUUGCAUAAUCGCACAUAUAAACUCCGGAAUUUUCAACGCACUCGCUAUUUACUCUCUUACAUUCGCUCUGGCUGCUGUCGUCAUGCCAGUCAUUGCUCCCUCUGAGCCAAGAUUGAAUCUCAGAUCUGUAACUGUCGGUGUCACGUUUUUCCUUAGUUUCCUUUGUUCAUCAAUUCCAGGUGUCAUUGGAUACUUGAUAUUCGGAACAACAGUCAAACCGGUUCUUCUCGAGUCAUUCCCACCAAAUGAUGUAUUAACAAUCAUUGUUCGCGCUGCAUUUUUCAUUGUCGUUAAUGCAUCAUAUCCUGUCGUGUCUCUGACAGUCGGAUCAAGUUAUGCACGUGCUAUAUUCGGUGUUAACUCCGCUUUGGAGCUAAACGGAUGGAGAAGAAUUUUGAUAUUAUUUAUCUUGAACGUUAUACCAGUUCUGAUUGCUAUGUUCCUUCCAAAUAUCCGUCCUGCACUUGCUAUUGGUGGCGCCAUUGGCGGCUGCUUGUCCAAUUUCGUAUUCCCAUCUCUUAUUUGGAUAAGAGCAAGCGGAAGAAGGGUUUCUCACUGGACUAACAUCCUCUGUAUCUUCCUUUGCAUCUUCGGCAUUGUUUCUCUCCUUAUUUCUACUUAUGAAUCAGUUCUUGAUGCAAUUCACCAGUUUUCUGGAAAAUAA